AUGAUUGCUGAGAACCUUAAACAGUUGAUUCACGAAAAGUACGAGGGUGCCGUUGCCAAUGGCGAUUUGCAAUUGACCGAGUCCAGUGUCAAAAAGGCGAAGGACAAGAAGUCCGGUGUGCAGUAUUUGGUUACCUGUGCCCCCAGUUUGUCCGAGAAACCCAAGGGGGCCGACCAGUCCGGUGGGGACCCGUUUGCCGAUCCUGCGCCUGAGCUGGUCGUCUCUAAGGAUCUGAACGGCGACGGCGAGUACCAACUGUUGCUGAAUAAAUUCCCAGUCGUGCCGGAACACGUGCUCUUGGCCACCAACGAGUUUAAGGACCAGGACUCUGCGCUAACGCCCGCGGAACUGUUAAUGGCUUACAAGUACAUCUGCACGCUGGACGAUGAGGACGAAGAUGUGAGGAAUUUGGUGUUCUACAACUGUGGCCCACUGAGUGGAUCCUCCCAGAGGCAUAAGCAUUUGCAAAGUUUCGUCUUACCGGCAAAUUUCACACCUUUCCAGGAUAACCUGUGCAACGGUAAAGAACAUUUCUUGCCCAACUUGCAGAACGAACCCCUGCAGGAUGAGAAAGUGUCAUUUGCACACUUCGUGCUGCCCUUGCCAGAACAAGAACAGGACGUCGACGAGGAUCUACUUGCCAUGUGCUACAUCUCGCUGUUGCAGAGAACACUGACUUUCUUCCAGGACUGGUUAAACGAAAAACCAGACUUGGUGAAAAGUUACAACGUGCUGUUGACCAAGAGAUGGAUAUGUCUUGUCCCACGGUCAAAGGAGGCCUCUACUACGAAGGAGGACGGCGUCGCACUAUCAAUCAAUGCCACAGGGUAUGCGGGCAUGAUUCUCGCAAAAGAUAACGAAACUUUCCAGAAACUUGUCACAGACCCGGAACUCAUGGACAAAGCUUUGUUUGAAUGCGGGUUCCCAUCCACAGCAGGCCAGAAGCCUUCAGAGUAUCAUUACUAA